UGCAGGGCGCGGUGUGCUGCCUCCUGACACAUCGCUCCAGCCGGUUACAGACCUUACGACUGCGGCGUGGGCAGCGGGGGAGCCCAGUGGAGGCGCCCUCCCGAGGCACUGCCCAUGCUGACUACACAGUCCUCCAGCUGCUGAUGUCAUGAGUAACACCACAGUGCCCAAUGCCCCCCAGGCCAACAGCGACUCGAUGGGCUGGGUGGGCCGGGUCGUCUGCACACAGCGUCCCAAGCUGUCCUGCAGUCGGGUGUGGAGGUGGGUGGGCUGUCCCGGUCUCCCAGCCCCCACAGUGCUGUCUCUGUUCCAGGUAAUGUAUGUCCAGAAGAAAAAGCGGGUGGACAGGCUUCGCCAUCACCUGCUCCCCAUGUACAGCUAUGACCCCGCUGAGGAGCUGCACGAGGCUGAGCAGGAGCUGCUCUCUGACGUGGGAGACCCAAAGGUGGUGCACGGCUGGCAGAGUGGCUACCAGCACAAGCGGAUGCCCUUGCUGGACGUCAAGACCUGACACCCUCACCUUCAGAACCAUGGGGUCCUGCCGCCUGCUGCUUCCCCUCCCACCUGCCCGCCCAGCCCCCUGCUGAGCACUGGGUCUCCACUCCUACCCAUCCCCCUCCGUCUGUAGUCCUUUGUGGGCUGAGCCUGCUCCCAGGCCCUAGGGGUUUUUCCUCUUGGUGUGGGCAGCUUUGUCCUGUGGGCCCCUUUAGCCCUCCCUGACUUGACUUGGAGCUUCCCAUGUGACAGGGCCUGAUGUAUAGUCUUCAGUAUACAUAUUUUGUAAAUAAAGUGUUUUGUGUUAGAG